GAUGUAAUAGUUUAUUUUUUUUAAAUGUAAAAAUGGAUGAAAAACUGAAGGAAUUCUCAAAAAUAAAAGCCCUGGUCAGAGAUGAGACAUGGACGUUAAAAGAUUUGACAUAAAUGUGAAACAUUUUUAAUUUCAUUCAGAAAAAUGUGCUGCUCAAAGGCCUUUAGUCAAACCACGUGAUUGUGGGUAAAUACUUUGCUGGAUUCUCAUUUCAGCAUCCAACCCUGAGCUUUCAGGGCGACGGAGACCAAUCUCCGCCUGGGGAACGGGGCUGCGGGUCCCGGCUCCUCUCCGCUCCUCCUCGCGUGUUACAAACAAAGGCACCGCCUGUUCCUCCUCACUUUCACGCGCCCAGCUGCAGAUACAUUUUCACAUCAUCUGAUCUGAUCGAUACGAUCGAUAAAGCCGCAGCCGAUCACUUUCAUCUGACUGUCCCCUGAGUGCAUAGCUCUGCCUCACUGACACACACACACCUACACACACACAGAGACAGAAGCGCGCGCGCCGCGGCAUUACCGGGUUGUACUUGUGAAACUACGCGCGGAGGAUCGAUGCUUUUCUCUCUGAUCGAUCAGCGGAGUGUGAUCAGUUGGAGCUCUGCGGGGUCAGUGCGCUCAUUCCGCGGCUGAACACACCAGCGAGGUCCGGUUUCGGAGAGCGAAGGUCCCGGAUCAGCGGAACGACUGGAGGAGGCGGCGCUGCCCUCCGCGCUCGGGACAGCACCGACUCUCCCCCUCUCCUCUCCCGCGCCCCUUCCGGGGAUAAAUGAACUGAAAGCCGCCGUCAGCCCAGAGGCGAGGCGGCCGUCCGGCAGCUGAGGGAGCCAGUUCCGCGUGACUCUCCGCUUCCUCGGGUCGCUCUUCCCCGGACUCCGCUGACACCUUCGCCGCCGCGCCGCGCCCUCCGUCCCGAGCACCGGGGACCUCUAGCACCGCAAGCCGGCCACAGCGCACCGCAGGGCCGACGGACAUGUUGCUGCGGGCCGCUUGGGCUCGCGGCUCCCCGGCGCUUUAACAUCAUGCAUUUUGGGAACACCGCGGACCUUCCCCCCGUCCACCAGCACCGGCCGGUCCCGCCUCAGCCCACCGCCGCGGCGCCACGCCGGACUCUGUGAUUUCUUCUUCUGCUGCUUUUCCAACGAAACUCGUCCCGGAGAUGUGGAUCUGGUCUGGGCUGAAAGUUGUGCGCUCCCCGACGGAGGGCCUCCACAGGUCCGGUCGGUCCGUGUAACCCGAAGCGGGGUCGAAGUUCAGCGCUGCUCGGAAAUGUGAACGCGAAGGGGGCGAAAGGAGGGCUCCUUUACCCCUCUCUCCUUUUUCUGUUCUUUCCUUUUCUCACACAUACAGCGCACGCACGCACGCGCGCGCACUCCCGGUGGCUGGAGUCCGUCACCCCCCACCCCCCCACCCCACAUAAACAUACACGCACCUUCCAGAUCUAAGAUUAGAUCCGACAGAUAUGUAUUCUCCGCUAUGCCUCACACAGGAUGAAUUCCAUCCGUUUAUUGAAGCCCUUCUGCCCCACGUCCGGGCCUUCGCCUACACCUGGUUCAACCUGCAGGCCCGCAAGAGGAAGUACUUCAAGAAGCACGAGAAGCGCAUGUCCAAGGAGGAGGAGCGCGCCGUGAAGGACGAGCUGCUCAGCGAGAAGCCAGAGGUCAAGCAGAAGUGGGCGUCCCGCCUCCUGGCCAAACUGCGCAAGGACAUCCGGCCCGAGUUCAGGGAGGACUUUGUGCUGACGGUGACGGGGAAGAAGCCGCCGUGCUGCGUGCUGUCCAACCCCGACCAAAAGGGCAAGAUGAGGAGGAUCGACUGCCUGCGGCAGGCGGACAAAGUGUGGAGGCUGGACCUGGUCAUGGUGAUUUUAUUCAAAGGGAUUCCCCUGGAGAGCACGGACGGGGAGAGGCUGGUCAAGUCCCCGCAGUGUUCCAACCCCAGCCUGUGCGUGCAGCCGCACCACAUCGGAGUCUCAGUCAAGGAGCUGGACCUCUACCUGGCCUACUUCGUGCACUCAGAAUCCGGUCAACCAGAAAGCCCAAACCAAGCCAGCGAAUCAGACAUCAAGGAGCAGCCAGAGAAUGGUCACCUGGGCUUUCAGGACAGCUUCGUCACCCCUGGAGUGUUCACCGUGGCUGAGCUCGUGCGAGUCUCUCAGACACCCAUCGCAGCCGGGACCGGACCAAACUUCUCUCUGGCCGAUCUGGACAGCUCCUCCUACUACAGCAUGAGUCCAGGGGCCAUGAGGAGACCGCUACCCAGCACCUCCUCCUCCAGCUCUGCCAAGAGGAUAAAGUGCAUGGAGGAGGAUGUGGACAGUCCUGGCGAGGAGUCCUACUACCCCAGCCAAGGUCGCUCCCCAGGUAGCGGCAGUCAGGCCAGCAGCUGGCACGACGUGGAGCCAGCUGGAUAUAAGCUGCGUGGCUCUCUAGCUAGCUCGUUCAUCUCUCGACAAGGGAUGCCGUCUCCCCCCAGUACUCUAAAGACUUCUGGGAGAUCUGGUUUCUGCGGCCCCGCCCCGUCACCAAGCGGCACCUCAUCCUCUUCCUCCUCCUGCUCUUCCUCCCCUCGAAUGGCUUUCACACACCAGCGGCCUGUCAUUGCUGGGCCUCGAGCGAGCCCUCACGCGCCCCCCUCCAGCCUCCACUUUUCUUCCUCCCCCAUUCUGCAACAGCCGGGCUCCUAUUUCUCCCACCCAGCCAUCAGGUAUCACCCACAGGAGACGCUCAAGGAGUUCGUCCAGCUGGUCUGCCCUGACUCCGCCCAGCAGGCCGGACAGGUGGGCUUCCUCAAUCCUAAUGGUAGCUCACAGGGGAAAGUCCAUAACCCCUUCCUGCCGACGCCCAUGCUGCCUCCUCCUCCGCCACCCCCGAUGGCUCGUCCUGUCCCGCUGCCUGUUGAUGCCAAGCCACCUUCCACUUCUUCCACUGAGGGUGGAGGCAACUCCCCCACCUCCCCCACUUACUCCACCCCUACCACGUCUCCAGCUCAGCGGUUCGUCAGCGUCGGGCCUCGGGACCCCGGCUUUAACAUCCCUCAACAACCACAGUGGUACCUGGGAUAAGGACCCUUGAUGUGCCCCCACCUGCCUGUGCAACAUGCUGCUGCAGUCUCCUUCUCCACCUCUGACCUUCGAUGCCAGCUGUGACUGAAAAGCCCCGCCUCACCCGUCUGUACCUGCCCCUACCCCAGCGCCAGACUGCAGCAUCAGCAUGGCUACAGCGGCUCCCGGGCCCCCCCCCCCCCCCUCGCUGUUCCGCCUCCAUCCUAAUGAGUCUGUCCCAGACGUCCCUACAGACAUACGGAUCCCGUGUCAGUGUAGUGACAGACCCAGAACCCAGCCCAGAACCCCCACCAACCAGACCACAGACCCCCCCACACACACACACAUGAACCCUUAUUACACUGGAUCAGCAGCUUCUGGUAACAGACCAGUGCGUCAUGGGAGGGGCUGAGCACCCCCAGCCUGCUUUAACAGGAUGAACAUAUUCACCGGUGGAGUAUUACAGUUCAGAGGGAUUAAUUUAUUUUACUGAAGUGGGGGGGUGAAAAAGCGUUGCAGCUGGACAGUGGUUGAAAUGAGGUUCAUUGCUUUUUCCUCUCUGUCACCAUUUCAGUGACCCCCCCCCUCCCCCCAUCUUCCUCUGUCCAUCCUCCAGUGCACCACUCAGCGUGGGGUGGGGCGGGCGGGGCGGGGCGGGUUCUCUGGGGGUCAGCAGCAAAGCAGGCAAGAGAAGACGAACAACUUGACUGGAAGAAUAUGGAUCAUGAGGAAAGUGCAAUUCUGUGGGGGGAGGGGGGUGUUUGUGCGAACGCGCGCUGUUGAAAAGUAAAUCCACAAAAAGGUUUCUUCCAAGUCCGCUCACACCUCUGGGACUCUAAAAUACUGGGGUACAAAAGACAUCAACUGCAUUGUGGGAAAAACCAGGAUCUGUACUCACUUUUGUUGUUUUUUUGUUGUUGUUGUUUGUUCAUCUUGUAAAGCUGUUAGUUUGAUAGAAGAAUCCCUUUAAUAUCAUUUUAAACAAUUGUUGUUGUUUUUUAAAGCAGCCAAAAGUUUUUAUUUAGUUGUAAACAAAAAAAGACGCAAAGCGAUUAAUUUAUUUUACCAAGCACUUCCUGUUUGUUCUAAAACUGUUUUUUAGUUUCCCGCUGGACAGAUAAUCCGCCCGGAAACAGGCUGCCGUUUGAUUGGUCUGAUCUCCUUGAAGCCCCUCCAAUCCCAGCAUUUCCUGUUUGCAUUUUGCCAAUGGGAGUGAAGUCAGGGGGUGUGGCUUCGUAAAGAAGAGGCAGAAUAAACUUGAGCACCUCCGAUGGAAGUUUAUGAUUCUCCGAGAUAUUCAGAAAAACCGCAAUCCUCCGACGAAAAGGAGUGGAAGAAAAUACCUGCAUGUUCUAGUGGUAGUGACAGUUUGACAUAGAUGAUGUAGUUAGCCACUAAAUAUGAAAACCCAAAAUCAGGCCCCCCCACCCAACCCCCCCAGCAGCAUCCCAGUUUCUCCAUCACUCCUCAGCCUCUCCUCCAACACAUCCCCACUCUUCAUCUGUGUGACAUCUAGAUAUAAAGUCAGACCCCCCCGCCCCCCCUUCAGGGAACUGCCCCAACCCUAGAGGCUACUCAAGCCCCCCCUCCUACAAAGGGGGAGGACUUUGAAAUGUUGCUUCUUUAGCUCCCUUUUGUUCCACAGCUGAGUUUGUGGAGCAGGGAUCUCACCGGUUCAGACCCUGGGUGCUCAGCAGCCCCACCCACCCACCCACCCACCCCCACCCUGCCAUCUUCAGGCCAUUAGAGCUGGGGGGGGGGGGGGGGGUCACAGGUACAUUUCUAGACAAUCCUUUCCUGACGUCUAUGGUUUGGAUCCACUGAUGGUCCAAAACCAGAGCUGUGACUGAAACGAGCCUCCUCUCUGCUGAGUAAGUCCCUCCUCCUCUUCCUCAUGUCCUUCCUCACAUCUGAUUGGUGACUUUUUUUUUUUGUUUUUUUCGUCAUCUGCUGCUGUGACUUUCAAACUGCAGGAAGUUGUCUUCAGGUCUUCCUGUUGUCGCUUCCGUAACGAUCUUUUCCUAGUCAGGAGGAUCCCAAAUAUGCAAAAGCCCGCUUGCACUCCUCCAUUUUCCAUUUCCUUUUCUCAGCAGAAGCUGAAGUGCAUGUUACACCGUGCACAUUGGUACCAUGCACUUUACUGUCGUGCACGUUGAUGCUGUGCACGUUACUGCUGUGCACAUGACUGCCGUCCACACCUAGCUUUGGCCGUUCCUCUGCGAACAGCUGCAAAGAAUUUCCUACAUUUUGUGAGGACGUGAUGGCGGCGGCGUGGUGCGGUGCCGGUUUACCACUCCCAUCUCCCCUUGUCUGCCCCUUCCUCCCUGCCCCCCCCCAGCCAUGAUUUGGGCAUUAAUAUUCUGCACUAAAUGUGAAUUCAACAGGUUUAAACUGCAGCUUCCAGGGCUCAAAACAAUGAAGGGAAUUUUAAAAAGUUGCACGGACAAUUUUGUCAUAAAAUAAAUUGAAAGAAAAAAAAACUUGUGAAACAGCCGAGCACCUAAUCACCGCCUCGAGCCUGUGAGCAAAAACUCCAGAGAGAUGCACCGUUUUUAAGGAAACAAAAUAGUCUGAAAGCAAUAUUUGUGCUGCGAGUUUAGUUCCUGUGAGCUUCAGUUUGAGCGGCCCGGCCUCCGCUCCUCUGUGUUGUAUAGUUUUAUUGAUUACACUGAUUUUAAAGCUGCCCUAUUUUAUAAUGCAGGAAUUUUGUAACUAUGAUGAAAUGAGGAAAAAACCUGUGUUGUGAACUUUCUGAUUUUUAGAGCCUGGUCUGCUUUGUUUUCUUGGAACUGGAUUUAAGUUGAAAACUUUCCUGUUUCCUGGUUUUUCUUUCCUUUUCUAUGUAUUUAUGGACUUUUCCUCUGUUGGUGAUUUGAGCGUAUUCCUGCCUCCGUACAGUAGAGGGCGCUGUGGUGAGAGAUCGCUGUAAUUGUCUCAGUUUGCUGUUUGUUCCUGAAGGUUUGGAUGAACCUCGUGUCCUUUAGGAAGCUCUGGUUUUUCUCCAGCAGCUCGGCAGCGGCGGUGGCGCCUCCUGCAGGCUCCGACUAGAAAAGCAUUCUGGCAUCAUCUUUUGUGUUCACCAUUCCAUGCAGGAAAUAAACGGCUUAAUUAUGCAACAUGA